CGAGAUGACAGCCGGGACAUCCUUCCCGGCGGCGUUGGCGUGCUCUGAUACGUGCGAAGUUUUCCUUUAAGAUCAACGAAACCUUCAAUGCUAUAACAUCAGACCACUAGUUCCUUCUUGCUCCCCUACACACACGCCGACCUCAGACUUUGGUUCGAGGAUCAUCCUCGACCGAAUCAUGUCUAACAGAGGGGUCCAGGCAGCAGUCUUGUACAACUCUCGGACGGAGAGUAACUGCGAGAACUGCGAUAAAUUCGAGAAAUGCAAGAACCACGGCAAUUGCCGCAUGCUUCAGCGUUGUGAAGGGGUUGAGUCUGUUGCCAUCCAAACGCCGUUCCGGCGCAUAAGCUGUGGCAUCCAUCGACUCAUGAGCCGGGCGCGAUUCUCCUUGUCGACAAAAUUUAUCCUAGGUACCGGCUCUCUGCACACGAGGUUGUCGUACGAUGGGCACCAGUGCAGCUCAGUGAGCGUGCGAAGGGCCGACCACAGAAGCGUGUAUGCGAGUGAUGCAUUUUCGGCAAAUUGAAACCGGUCUCUCUGCUCGCGUAUCCUUGCAAAGCAGUUCUGCGUUUAUGUUGCGGAUCUUCCUUCAUAGAGCUUCAGACAUUGCUAAUCAAGCUCUCCAAUUGGCAAGAGACUG